AUGGCAUCAAUCCUUGCCAGUCAGCCUGAUUCGUUGGGCGCAAUAACGGAGGGCAAGCCUCUUACUGAAGCUCCGCAGCGACAACCGCUCCCACCAAACCCGCAAGAGUCAUAUUCAUCGCAGUCCUCCGGCAAUGCGAUCGCGUCCGGUUCUCCGCAGUACUCCUCCUUCUCGAGCUCUGAUAGCGAUGGCCCAAGCCCGCACUCAGACAGUGAUGCGGACGAGGACGCAGCUAGCGACGUGGUCGGCGUCAGUAUUGGUCCCACGCAGAGCCGCAUGAAGGCCCGCGCCACGCCCGCCGAAGAGAAAAACCGAAUCCUGGAGGACCAUGGCGGAUAUUUCACGAGGCUUCCAGAUCCAGCCGGAGAGGAUGGACUCUUCGUAUCGCAGUUGACGGCAGAGCCGGAAUCUGUGGAGUCACGUAAUAAUGAGUUGGGGGCCCAGCAGGCUUUGCCUGCCAAGCCAGCGACUCAGAGGCCUUCGGGCGCGCAUCCUAAAGCGCAUUCCUUGCCUGUGGAGCGCCGAACGCCACGCGGUCCCCACACCGACGGCACUGCGUCAGCCGCCGCGUCGCACCCUAAGGAUUCCGGUAGUUCUCAACGAUCAAGUUUUACCCGGUCUCUAUUGAAGACAUCAUUACCCCGCAGACCGCGAGCAUGGUCUGGCGAGCUCAAGAAAUUCCUUCCGGAUUUGGGCUCGCUGGCGAAGCGUCCCUCGCUCUCGUUUCGAUCGGGUAAUGCGCAAAAUCGCGCUCGUAGUCAGACCACCGAGGAAUCCUUGAAGCGGAAUUCUACGCUACGGGCGAGACGCACUUCGUCGCUGGAUCGCCGAUAUCUUUCGUCUCCUGUUACUUCUACUAACAAUGGAGUUCACCUUAACCAUGAUUCGGAUGAAGGUGAUGAUGCGCGGCAUAUUCCGGAACUGCAGUCUUUGGAGGGAAGCUCCGCUGUAAAACACUCUUUCUUGAGGCGGCCGAGUACGGGCAUGGCCAAGCGUCCUCCAAGUCUUAGACGCUCAUCCUCGGAUCAGUCGUUGUACUUGCGUGCGUCGUCUACGGCGUCCUCGUUGGAACAGCGACCGCGGUAUGAGAAUAUUCAUUCGCAAGUCAACAGCCGCUUCAAGGCGAUUAAAGACUCCCUGCAAGAUUCGAGUAGUCGGCUGCUAAGUAUGCCCACGUUGAAUCUACAGGAUAUACGUAAUGAUUGGAACUCAAGACCCUUCUUUAAUGACCUGGGAGGGUCGUUCAGUUCGGAGAAAGGUGUCCAUGGCUCGGCGCAUCGCACGGCGACCCCGCCACCUCCACCGCGAAAUAACUCGCAGUCUACACAUCCAAUGUUGGAAGAGGCCAUGUCUGAAUUGACUGGUGAUAUUGUGAUCCUGGGCGGCUACCGUGGCUCAAUUUUGCGAUCUGCUAAAGCACCUCAUCGCCAGUUGUGGGUGCCUAUGAAGGUGGGCUUGAACCUGCGAAAGGUUGACUUGGAGGUUGGUCUGACUCGGGAGGAUGAGGAGCGCAUGGAGGAGACUAUCAUCCCAUCCGGUGUUCUGUCUCAUGUUGGUCCCGUGGAUGUGUGCCGGCGAUUGAUGAAGCGACUACGAAAAUGCGAGAAUGCCGUGCGCGGUGAUCUUCGCGUAUGGGAUUAUGGUUAUGACUGGCGAUUGAGUCCAGACCUUCUUUCUCAAAGACUGAUUGAGUUCCUCGAGGGACUACCAUCGAACCGGGUCAACAGCGAAACUGGUCAAAGGCGUGGCGCUUAUGUAGUUGCCCACAGUCUCGGCGGUCUCAUCACCCGACAUGCAGUCAACCAACGUCCCGAACUCUUCGCUGGUGUUGUUUAUGCCGGUGUCCCACAGCACUGCGUCAACAUUCUUGGCCCUCUACGCAACGGUGACGAUGUCCUAUUGAGCUCCCGCGUCCUAACUGCUCAGGUCAAUUUCAGCUUCCGCACCAGCUAUGCCCUCCUCCCAGAAGACGGCCACUGCUUUAUCGACAAACAAUCCAAAGAAGAAUUCCGCGUGGACUUCUUUGACGCCCGGAACUGGGACACAUACCAUCUCUCCCCUUGCAUUAACCCAGCCAUAUCACCACCAACUACAAACCGCUUCUCUAUAAUCGGGAAACGAUUCUCCAUGGGUCCUCGCGAUGACUUCGAUACUUCCCAAAUCCAGGAAAUAGAUUUCAGCAACCAACCCACACCCAGAACCACCGACGAGGAUCUCUCGACCAACGGUUGCUCUACUACAGAAUCCCAGUCACCAACCAGCACCACCGAUAAGAUCCAGGAGCAUAUCAAUAACCCUGUUGAUGGUAUCGUCGGUCCAGUACAGAACCCGCGUGGUAGUGCUGGAACAUCCAAUGCUUCCACUGCUUGCACGAUUCCUCGACCUGUCGCCUUCGAGUACCUGCAGCGCACACUGGCAGAGGUUAAGCAGUUCAAAUCAGAGCUGAAUUUCCUGCCUUCCCAUCAAUCCGAGAAUCGGUACCCACCUGCAGCGGUAAUCUACGGGAAGAGUGUACCUACAUUAUACGGAGCUCGAGUCAUUUCGCGUGAUGCUAUCAAGCAAAAUGAUGCCUACGAUGACCUGGCCUUUGCUGCUGGUGAUGGUGUCUGUCUUGCUUCGGCGGCGAUGUUACCCCCUGGAUACCGAGUUAUCAAGGGUGGAUUGGUGAAGAGUGACCGUGGCCACGUUGGACUUCUCGGUGAUCUUGAAGGUGUGGGACAGUGCUUACGAGCUAUUGUUCGUGGUCGAAGAGAGGGUGUUGGUCUUGGUGCUUAG